GCGCUGAUUAGAGGAUGUGAUGUGAAAGACAGCGAUUCAUCCCACAGUCUUGAACGCAGCACCAAACCUGCUUUAGAAGCCCGAGGAGGAAGAAGAAGUCAGCCGACUUUCAGGCAACAUUAACCCCGCUACUUUGGUGGAAAGUCCUUCUAAUUCAACCCACACUUAACAGCGUAGUGGGAGGAGGACAUUUGAAGGAUUCUCCUGCUCGCAGAAGAUGGCAGAGCCAACCAGCAGUGUGAGAUAUGAGGAGCUGGUGAAUCAUGAGGAGGAGCCACUCCCACCAUCUCAAGAGGGUCCUGCUCAGGAUGCACCACCACCCCCUUACAGCAGUGUGGCUGCAGCAAAUUCAGCUUUCUUUGAAUAUAAGGAAGAUGGGGGAAGAUUUCCCAACCCACCGUCCUACAAUGUGGCCACCACUUUGCCCUCCUAUGAUGAAGCAGAAAGAAGCAAAGUGGAGGCAGCCGUCCCUCUUGUCAACGGGAGAGUCACCGAUGAGGACUUUGUGGCCAGAGACGACUUUGAGGACGCCGACCAGCUGCGAAUAGGAAAUGACGGCAUAUUCAUGCUGACUUUCUUUAUGGCAUUCCUCUUCAACUGGAUCGGCUUCUUCUUGUCCUUCUGUUUGACCACAUCAGCCGCUGGACGAUACGGCGCCAUCUCGGGCUUCGGCCUGUCCCUGAUCAAAUGGGUUCUUAUCGUCAGGUUUUCAACCUACUUCCCUGGCUACUUUGAUGGCCAGUACUGGUUGUGGUGGGUGUUCUUGGCUUUGGGCUUCAUGCUGUUCAUCAGGGGCUUUGUUAACUACUCCAGAGUGCGCAAACUUGCAGAUCCUGCGUAUGCCAGUCUACCCCGAACAAGAGUUCUAUUCAUCUAUUAGACUGAGCUUGUCGGACGUGGAAGACACGACGCACACAAAUCAAAGCGAUGAGUCGUCUGAGCUAAAGGAAGAAGCGAUUGGGGUACUAGUGGAUGGAUGACUUUAGUUUGCAAGCAUUUUAAGAGCAGGUUGAACUGUAAUAGUCCCUCAGUGUACUCGUUAGUGGCGCAUGUUCACCUGCUAUUUUCAUCUGGUCUGUUAACUUUUGUUUUCGCUGGACUACAGGCACGACGCUCAUGUCACCAGCUGUUGUUAGCAUGCGGCGUCACCACGUGCUUUUGUGGGGACCGUUUCCACUCGUACAACAUGUGAGGCCAGUCUUAUAAGUACCAUACACUUUAUUGACAAAGGUAUUGGGACACAGGGCAGGGGUGUCCAAACUUUUUCCACUGAGGCCCGCAUACAGAAAGAUUGAAAGAUGCCAAGGACCUCUUCUGUUUUCUUCUUUUUUACUCUACUGAACACGCUAUAAAUAAUCUAAUGUACACAACAUAUUUGCUAGAAAUGUUUAGAACAAAUUAAAUUUUAAUCAAACAAUUGUUAAUGAUGUUUAAAAAGUUUUUGAGGUGUGUAAACUAUAAAGACAAAAUUCACUGAUAACAAUUAUAACUGCAGUAGGUUAAUUAUGUCUCCUUUUUGAAUGUGUGUUCAGUUUCUUAUAUUCAGACUAGUUGUGGCUAUAAUAGAAUCGAGUUGAUUACAGUGGAAACUUAAUCGGGUCUUGAACAUGGAGAAGUUCAAAUAUAAAAGCAGAGUUCCCCAUAGGAGACAUUGCAAACAUCAAUAGUAGGCUCCAACCUCGAAAAAAGUCCUGAUUUUAUUGAAGUACAAGUGUUAUACAAGUGUUACACAGUACUGUAUAUCAAACACAGGUGCAACAUUCUAUUAAAUAAGUUGAACUCUGCUGUAUGCAUUGCAAAGCCAACUAUGGUGUCCUCCCAAACAAUCAGACAUCCUAAAACUUUAACAACCAUGUUGCUACAUCAAUAAACAUUUAAAAAAGUAACAUCACUCCCAUUUAUAAAGAGCUAAAUGGAAAGAGCGGACAGACAGGGAGAUAGAAAGAAGUGGGAUCGGAGCCUGCUUGGUCAAUCAUACUUGGGAGCGGCAUUAACCUCUUAAUGCCCAAGCUGUUUGUUUACAUGCUUUUUUUAUUUCUCUUUGCUUUUUGGGCUGAUUGGACCCUAAUUAGAAUAAAAACUAAGAAUCAUCUUUUGAUAUGAUGUACUUAGUCCAUAAGUACACAAAUGUGUACUUCAGGGGUCACCAACGUGGUACCCGCAGGCACCAGGUCGCCCGAAAGGACCAGAUGAGUCGCCUGCUUGCCUGUUCUAAUAAUAGCUCAAAUAGCAGCACUUACCUUUAUUUUAUUUUAUUUUAUUUAUUUACUAGCAAGCUGGUCUCGCUUUGCUCGACAUUUUUAAUUUUAAGAGACAAAACUCAAAUAGAAUUUCAAAAUCUAAGAAAAUAUUUUAAAUUCUUGGUCUUCACUUGUUUAAAUAAAUCCAUUAAUUUUUUUACUUUGCUUCUUAUAACUUUCAGAAAGACAAUUUUAGAGAAAAAAUACAACCUUAAAAAUGAUUUUAGGAUUUUUAAACACAUAUACCUUUUAAAUUCCUUCCUCUUCUUUCCUGACAAUUUAAAUCAAUGUCCAAGUGUUUUUAUUGUUAAGAAUAAUAAAUAAAUUUAAAUUUAUUUCUUCAUUUUAGCUUCUGUUUUUUCGAAGAAGAAUAUUUGUAAAAUAUUUCUUCAAACGUAUUAUGAUUGAAAUUCAAAAAAAAUAUUCUGGCAAAUCUAGAAAAUCUGUAGAAUCAAAUUUAAAUCUUAUUUCAAAGUCUUUUGAAUUUCUUUUAAAAUUUUCUUCUGGAAAAUCUAAGAGAAAUAAUGAUUUGUCUUUGUUAGAAAUAUAGCUUGGUCCAAUUUGUUAUAUAUUCUAACAAAGUGCAGAUUGGAUUUUAACCUAUUUAAAACAUGUCAUCAAAAUUCUAAAAUUAAUAUUAAUCAGGAAAAAUUACUAAUGAUGAUCAAUAAAUUCUUUUUUUAAUUUUUUCAAAAAGAUUUGAAUUAGCUAGUUUUCUCUUCAUAUUUUUUUUCGGUUGAAUUUUGAAUUUCAAAAAGUUGAAAUUGAAGAUAAACUAUGUUUCAAAAUUAAAUUUUCAUUUUUUUUGUGUUUUCUCCUCUUAUAAACCGUUCAAUUAAGUGUUUUUUUCAUCAUUUAUUUUCUACAAAAAACCUUCCGUAAAAGGAAAAAAAUUGUACGACGGAAUGACAGACAGAAAUACCCUUUUUUAUAUAUAUAUAUAUAGAUUUAUUUAUUAAAGGUAAAUUGAGCAAAUUGGCUAUUUCUGGCAAUUUAUUUAAGUGUGUAUCACACUGGUAGCCCUUGGCAUGAAUCAGUACCCAAGAAGUAGCUCUUGUUUUCAAAAAGGUUGCUGACCCCUGCUGUACUUCAUGUUUGGUGACAUGCUAAUUCUUAUUUUUACCCUUCCCCCCAAAUUUCAUUGCAUGUUAUACUCUUCUGAAACCACCAGAUGGCAGUACAAGUGUCCACAUAAGACCCCAAAUCAGUAGUGUAAACACAUUUUGGAAAUAAGAGCUAAAAGGUGCUGUCAAUGCACAUGGCCACUAAGCCUUUAGAGAUUUGCUCUGAAUAGUUUUUUUUUUUUUAUCAGGAAUUCCCUUGUUUCCACACUGUUCUUUUGGCCUUUGGGUCUCAUUUUGUUAGUAAAAUGGAAAAUUAACGACGGAAUGAAGCAUUCGUACAUAGAGACAUGGUUUGCACACGGAGGCGGUCCAAAAGUUCUUAAAUCUAGUUACUACUUGAUGUGUUUCAACUGUCGUCUGCAGAAGGCUCACCUGAUCGCUAUCAUACCUAAGACUUGUCUGAAAAGGGAACUGCUGCACUAACAUAUUUCCACACACUGCCCUGACCUACAUAAAGUCCACACGCGUGUUCUAGUUCACCUUUGUUCAUAUUGUUUCACCAAGGAAUAUGAAUGCUGGACUCCAUCUAGUGUACGUGCUGCUCAUGCAUGUGUUUCAUACAACUCCAAAUCAGCGUCCACGUGGUUUGACCUGAUCCACAAUCAACACACUUGUGUAGAUUUGAUAUAACUGGGCAUUUAGUUGCUUCAAAAAAAGUUGUAUUGGAAAAAAUAUUGUUGAAAAUGUGCUCUUUUGUGGCGGAAACAACUAUUAUCAAAGAAUGUUGUAUGCACUUUUAGAAACUAACAAAAAGCCCUUUGUUAUUUGACGUCAAGCUUAAAACAAACAAAAAAGUAUAUUUGCAAUGUUGGGUUUUGUCAGAGGAAAAAGUGAUUUGAAGCACAGUCGUGUUUAGGGGGAGCGGUCCAACACUUUUUAGCCGUCAUUUGUUCAACUUUACUACACGCUUGUAUCAUGGCUUUGAUGUUCAUUUCAAGUGAUGUAGAACUGCAUCUUUGCUUGUUCUGAAACUACAGAAAAUAUCAAUAAAUGUCACUUCUAAUGCC